AGGUGAGUGGGGAAGCCCGGGUGAGGGUCCCGGUGGGAAGGGGACGGGGUUGGGACCCCCGUGGGGCCGCCCCACACCGUGUGCUCUGCUCUCUCCACAGCCAUGAGGGUGUCCCUGCUGCUCCUGCUCGCCUGCACGGCUGUCCUGGCAGCACAAGCAAGGGCCGAUGAGCCCGGGGAGCCCGAGGCGCUGGUGCGGAAGGUGCAGGAGUACGCGCAGAAAGCAUCGGCCAUGGCCAAGAGCGCCCUGAGCAGGGUGCAGGAGUUGGAGGUGGCUCAGCAGGCCAGGCGGUGGCUCUCGGACAACGCGGAGCUGGCGAAGCAGCGGCUGGCGCGGUUCAAGGAGCAGCUGGUGCAGCUCUGGAAGGGGACAUCGGCCGCGUAGCGCCGGGGGGGGGACGGGACACACGGGAUGGGAACCC